AUGGUUGGAUACGCGCUGAAGGCAGCUGAAAUUUUCUUAGAAGUAAUUCCAAUGUACGUGGCCGAGUUCCUAUUAAAAAUUUUCAGCAAUGGACGAAAAAGAUUGCUGUACAUCCACAUAGGUGUGAAGUUGUUCUUCGUGCUGUUGGCAGCUUGGCUCAUGAAGCACGUGUUGCUGCGAGUGGCUGCAUGGUUCGCUACACUAUUACCGGAACCUCUUGGUACAAUAUGUACACAGAUAGCGACGUACCUCCAAAUGUACUACUGACUGUCUGAAUCUGAAGACCGUCUUACAAAUAUCAAUUAACCUAUCAAUACUACCGUAUUAAAAAACAGCAUAUUAACAAGUUAUUUCAACAUGAUUGUUAUUAUUUCUUUGAAAUAUCUAUACUAUAAUAAGAACGUAACUGAUCGAUCUCUGGACAUUGAAGAUAUAUGAAAAAAACUGUUAUGAGGGACAUUUAAAAGCGUAAUAGAACACAAAACAAUGAUU